GCAUCUCUGCAUCUCACCAGGCUUCAGUCAUGAGGAUCCAUUACCUUCUCUUCACAUUUCUCCUGGUGCUGCUGUCUCCACUUGCAGCCUUUACCCAAAUUAUCAACAAUCCAAUAACAUGCAUGACCAAUGGAGCCAUAUGCUGGGGUCCGUGCCCUACCGCUUUUCGACAGAUUGGCAAUUGUGGCCAUUUUAAAGUCAGAUGCUGUAAGAUAAGAUAGAUAAAAAGACGAAGAACCAGCAAGAUGAAUAAAUUGCCAGAAUUUGCUCCUCCAUGAAGAUUCACAAAUCAAACCCAAUUAAAGUUCUUUGAUUACCUUCUCUAACUCCAGUUCUAGGGGAUGCACACCUUCUUUUGACCUUUAUAACAACCAUUUGCAGAGUACAUACAGAAAAAAUACCAUACAAAUAAAAUUAUAAUAAUAGUAAUAAUUAUAAUUUUAAAAAUAAAGUCACUG